CCUGCGGGUGAGAGUCUGCAGUCUCUCCGGUCUGCAGGGAGUCAGCAGCAGCAGCAGCAGCAUGGCGGAGCCCACGGUCCGGGUCUCCGGGAUAGUUUUAGCUUCUCUCAUGUUCCAGCACGUUAACAGCGACUCAGACGUGGAGGGUCUGAUCCUCGGAGAGUGUAAAUUUGAGGAGCAGGUCACCAUCAGCGACUCUCAGGCCGAUCACAUUCACAUCGAGGAAAUAUACAACAUUCAGAAGCACAUCGCCUGCCACAAACCCAACGAGUUCUAUAACAGUGUUGGAGACGUGAACCUCGACGCCGUGAAGAAACUCCUGGCAGACAACAAGCAGGAGUGUGUGAUUGGCUGGUACCGUCAGAGGAGGAGCUCUGUCCAGCUGAUGUCUCUGAGAGAGAAGACGCUCCACGAGAAGCUGAAGACGAGUCUGUCCAACCCGCACAUGAUCUUCCUGCUGCUGACGCCCGGAGAGCUGACGGCUGCAGCGAGCACGCACAGGACGGAGUACGCCGCCUUCAUCUCUCGCAGCAGGCAGUUCGUGAACGUCCCCGUGCUCGUCACUAAUCUGGGUCUACUGGAGCAGCAGGCGUACUGGAAGGUGUCAGCGCCGUGCUCUGCAGCCGGUUACAACAUCACUAUGAAGAAACACAGCUCGAGGUUCUUCUGCUCUGACGGGAUGCUGAGAGACGUGAACGACGUCAACAACAUGAACGACUCUCUGCAGACAGAGCUGCAGAGAGCGUGCAGUGAUCUGGAGGACAGUGAACGUCUGCUGGAGAAUCUUCAGUUUGAUGUUUCAGCUCUCAGGAGGAAACUGAGAGAGAAGAAGAGGCAGCCGAGCUCAGCAGCAGACGGCGCUCCGGUCCGGAGGAACAACGAGCUGCUGUGUGAGGCGGUCCGGGCUCUGCUGUGCGGCUCGGCUCUGUUCCAGACUCAGACUCUGACCCUGGAGGCGUUUCCUGUCCCCGACGGCUGCCAGCGGGACGACCACGCCUCCACGCCGCCGCCGCCUGGCAGGACGAUGUGCAGGAAGAGGCUGAAGGAGACGCCGCCGGGGCGGGAGAGGAAGCGGCGGAAGAGCCGGUCCUGACCGGAGGAACUUUAACCACCACAGGAGGAACAGUGACUCAUUAUUCUGAGAAUUAUUUAAAGAUAAAGAUGUUUGUUUUUGUUAAAAAACUGUUUCAGUCCUUAUUUCACCUUCAUGUUGUGAUUCACACAACUGAUGGAAGCAGAGAAGGAGGGCUGCUGCUCUUGGUCCUGGUCCUGGUCCUGGUCCUGGUCCCGUCCACUAGACAGCAUAGCAUUGUGAUAUUUUGCAUGGAAAUAUAUCGAUUCAUGGCCACAAAGUAUCCAGAUUUAGUGUUCUGACAGUCGGCAGUGUUUUUGCUGUUUUUUUUUUCCUUUUUUUUUUCUCCAGAGGCCGUAGAGGGCAAUCUCCUGGAGAUCCUGCUAUCAUACGAAAAACUAGAUGUCAGGAAUCGUGUCAGGAUCUCUUUUAAAAAAAUAUUUCUACAUUAAAUCUAAAGUUGUAUUGUACUGUACUGUAAAAAGUAAAAUUACCAGAAAAUAAAGUAAAAUUUACAAGAAAAUAAGUCAAAA